AUGGCUGUCGAAUCCUUACUGUUGGUUGUGGAGAGGCGCACUGUGAUUGCUUAUCCCUUAAAUCCAACAGCUGCGCCAAACGAAACUAAUAAGGAAUCAUCAUCAAAUGUAUCAUCCGAGUCGCCAGAAAAAUCAAUGCAGCAAGAAGAAUUCGAAAGAAGCAACAAAAAGAAUCAAGGUACCAAUUCAUCUGAACAAACUGAUAAAGCAUUCCAGUUGAAGCCUGUUGUGGAUAAGGUUUGUAGAAGAUCAAGCUUUUAG